GAUAAGAAUUUUCAGUAUAAAAUCAUAAAAUCAGCUUCCGCUAAUUCAGUUGCACAUUCGUCUUCACUGCGAAAUUCAAACAGAUUGUGAUUACAUAGUUUCUAUUAACUUAUCGGAGAGAAACUUGCACGCUGCUGUAAAUUUUGUAUAUUUCUAACGAAGGAAUUUAAAUCGCCUAAUUAUUAAUAGCACGCAUGGGGUACCUAGAGGAGUUCGAUAAAGAGUCGGCCAAUUCUGAAAUAAACUGCAAAAACCAAGAUGAUCCUAUCAUGAAAAGGUCUCCCGAUGAAAAGAUUAAUUUUAAUCCACCGUCAGAAUCUCCUCUCUGCACUUUCUGCACGAGCGACGAGAGCUGUAAAAUCGUUCGAUCCAGAACGAAGCUAAUGAACAUUCUUGUAGAAAAAGGGAAGCACCAAGAAGCUCAAUCGGUUUUCAACGAUUUGAUUCGACGAGGGCAUAAGCCCUCUCUCGUAACAUACACGACACUCUUAGCUUCAUUGACCGCAAAACGCUUCGAACACACACACUCGAUAAUCUCUCAAGUCCACAAAAACGGGAUGGAGCCCGAUUCGGUUUUCUUCAAUGCUGUGGUGAAUGCAUUUUCCGAAUGUGGAGAUAUGGAGGGAGCAAUGAAGAUGUUUUCGAAGAUGAAAGAAUAUGGAAUGAAGCCCACAAUUAGCACUUUCAAUACGUUGAUUAAGGGAUAUGGGAUUGCAGGAAAACCCGAAGAAUCGUUAAAGAUAAUGGAGAUAAUGUCUAUGGAGGAGAAUGUAAAACCGAAUCUUAGGACAUAUAAUGUUCUUGUGAGGGCGUGGUGUAAUAAAAAGAACAUAAACGAGGCUUGGGGCAUUGUGCAUAAGAUGGUGGCUUCGGAUAUAAAACCGGAUGCUAUUACUUACAACACGCUGGUGACUGCUUAUGUUCAGAAUGGGAAAACGGAAGAGGCUGAAAAUGUGAUUUUGGAGAUGCGGAAAAAUAACGUGCAGCCGAAUGAAAGAACGUGUGGGAUGAUAAUUGCUGGAUAUUGUAAAGAAGGUAGAAUAAGGGAUGCGUUGCGAUUUGCUUACAAGAUGAAGGAAUUUGGUUUGAGGCCUAAUCUUGUCGUGUUCAACUCGUUGAUUAAAGGAUUUCUUGAUGUUUCGGACAGAAACAGUGUUGAUGAGGUUCUAACAUUGAUGGAAGAAUCGGGAGUAAAACCAGACGUGAUCACGUUCAGCACAAUCAUGAAUGCAUGGAGUGCCGCAGGCUACAUGAUAAAAUGUCAAGAGAUAUUCGACGACAUGGUCAAAUCCGGAAUUAAACCAGACAUCCACGCGUACAGCAUCCUGGCCAAAGGAUACAUACGUGUCCAAGAACCAGAAAAGGCCGAAGAAAUCUUAUCCGCCAUGCAAAAAAGAUCCGAUCUUUACCCUAACGUAGUCAUCUUCACCACCGUUAUCAGUGGAUACUGCAGCAUUGGCUCGAUGACAUCAGCGAUGAGGGUUUUCGGGAAAAUGAUCGAAUAUGGAAUAUCCCCAAAUUUAAGGACCUUUGAAACCCUAAUCGAGGGAUAUGCCGAAGCUAAGAAGCCAUGGAAAGCCGAAGAAAUAGUACAGCUCAUGGAAGGGUUCGAUGUUAGGCCUGAGAAGAGCACGUUUUUGCUGGUUAAGGAAGCUUGGAGAGCCGUAGGAUUGACUCAAGAAACACGAGAAGAGGGUUUGGAGAAAUUUUCGUCCUUUUCGAGAUUGCAGAUACCUAAUGUGGUUUUGAGUGAGCAGAAGAGGAAUAAUAAUCGAACGGUGUUGAGAGAAGCUGCCGAGUCGUCGUUUGCUUGUCGGUUUGGAGAGCGGGCCCCGGUGGUUAGCCGGAGGAAUUUUCGGGGGUGGAUAUCUUGUCAGGUUGGAUCCUUUUGUACAGUACUCUAUUGAAGUUUAAAUUUAAAAAAAAAAAAAACAAAAAAAAAAGAAGAAGAAGAAGAAAAAAGUGAUUUUGUUGUACAUAGGGAAAAAGGGGGAAGUGUCAAGUUGUGUAAGUUGAUUAUGUUACUUAUUCCACCACCACGUAUUUAAUUUCUUUUUUCAUGUGCAGCUGCAAAAAAACUUAUGUAUGAGAUAAAGCUUAUAUUCCACUCAGUACUUGGUUAAGAAUGA